CUGACGGAUUGCAUAUUUACUGUACAACAUCAAAAUAUCACUGUACAAAAGUCAAUUUAAGAAGGACAUGCCAUGAAUAUAGACAGUCGGCCAAGGUCAGAAAAGUGACACCCAAACACGGGGGCCUAGGAGAGUAUAAUGUAAAUAAGACCGAUGGACUCCAUCAAAACUGUUUUGGUGACUGGGGGCUCAGGAUUUAUUGGCUCUCACCUUGUCUGCUCCCUGCUUAAGAGGCAUCCUGAAUGGCAAAUCUAUAACUUGGAUAAUUUGGAUUACUGCUGCAGCCCAAGGAGUCUGGAAAGCAUUGAAAACAAAGCAAACUACACUUUUAUCAAGGGGGAUAUCUGUAACACGCAGCUGGUGAACAACAUCUUCAACACUCAAAAUGUUGACGUCGUCUUUCACUUGGCUGCCAAAACUCACGUCGAUUCAUCCUUCCAAAGCCCGUCCGCUUUCAAGCACGUGAACAUCGACGGGACCCGGGUUUUGCUGGCCGCUGCCAGUCAGACCUGCCAUCGGCUUCAGCGCUUCAUCCACGUCAGCACCGAUGAAGUGUACGGAUCAAGUCGAGAUGAGGUGUUUGACGAGAACAGUCCUAUGAGGCCUUCCAACCCAUAUUCCGUCUCAAAAGCAGCUGCAGAGGACUUGGUCAGGUCAUACUGGGAAAGGUUUAAGCUUCCAGUUAUCAUCACCAGGAGUAACAACAUCUAUGGUCCGCAGCAGUACAUGGACAAGGUCAUCCCAAAGUUUCUCACCCUCUUGCAAAUGAACAAGAAGUGUACUAUUCAGGGAAGCCUCCCCAAAUCUCGCCAUUUCCUGUUCAUCGAUGAUGCAAUCAACGCCCUCCUGCUGAUUCUGGAGAAAGGGAUUGUGGGAGAAGUGUACAACAUUGGGGCAAACUGCGAGAUAGGCAUUGUGCCAUUGGCCAGGGAACUGGUAAAGAUGGUUCAGAAGGUGCCAGAUGCUGAGCUUAACGAUUGGCUUGAGUUUGUGCCGGACAGGCCGGAGGUUGACAUCCGCUACCCCAUCAAAAGUGAGAAGCUGCAGCGGUUGGGCUGGAAGGCCGAGGUCUCCUGGCCUGAGGGCAUCGAACGGACCGUCAGAUGGUACCAGGACCACCCAGACUUUUGGUCAGACGGACCAGACGGCCCAAGAGCGAUUCCAAGCACAUUGGAAAAUACUAACGAAUAAGCGACUUGACUUUGCCUGCCACUUCCGCCGUCUAUAUUGCACAACAUUGUUGGACCAAAGCACUGGGACAUCAGUGGGGAAAAAAAUUUCAUCUCAGGUAACACGGACAAGCUGUCGUAUUUUCCCUUGAUUCCAACUAGACCCGUCUUAAUUGUUCCCAUUCAUCCAUUCUCUGAAUUGCUCCGUCGCGGGGGUGCUGGCGCCCUUCCCAUCAGAUUCUGGGAGAGAGGCGGGAACAUCCUGAACUGGUCGCCAACCAAUCGCAGGGCGCAUAGAAAUAACCAUUGGCAUUCACUUUCACACGUAUUGACAAUUUAGUCUUCACUCAACCUGCCGCAAGUUUUUGAGAUAUGUGAGGGAACCAGAAACCUCAAAGAAAAGCCACACAGGCAUGGGGAGAGCAUGCAAAGGCCAAAGGGAGGCCAGAUUUGAACGCACAACCUCAGAAUUGCGGGACAGACGUGACCACCGUGUCUGCUUGUUUCCCCUCAAGCAAAAAAAAUUAAUUGAGCAAAUAAUUUAGCUUAAGGAGAAAAUGCAUUUUCUGUAGUUGUGUGAAUGUCGACGUUUCAGGAAUUAAUCAAAAUGAAAGGUAAAAUGGACAUUUUAAAAGUGGCCUGAUUGAAUAUAAAACUUGGAAAAAAAAACAAAAAACAUUCUAAUAACUAUAGUGACUUGAGCAUGCAUGAAAGUUACAACUGCACACGUUAGGUAUUAUCACGGUUUAAAUUCCCGAGGAUAUUUCCAUUGUGGUUUUCAAAAGUUACUAGUCAGAUGGUCGAGCAAUUUUUGACUGCGAACACGAUGUGGAUGCAUCACUUAAGGACGCGCUCAGUUUUAGGGGGGGAAAAAAAGUUCAAAGUCAUGCAUCGACAAAAUAAACGUUUAGCAUAUUAUUUGCUCCAAUAUACCCAAGAGGGGGAAAAAAAAGGUUUACUGUGCAAUAUCUUUUUAAGGACUCAUUCAGCUCCAACCUUUCAAACCUUAAGUCUCACAGCUGACAUUUUUGAUGAUUUAUAAAGACAUAUUUAACGCUAUGAGCUGUAUGAGGAGAAAUUGUCGUAUUUAUCAUGUGUAUGAGCCGCUCGGCUCGACAAAGCAAUGACUUCCGCAUCACACAGAAUUUGUCACAUUCUCGCAAUAAACUCAAAAUGCUACAAUGUAUCAACUGUUGUUGCUUGAGUUUGCUAAUGCUAAUCAACAUACUGUAAUUACUUCAGUGAUGAAAGUCCUCCGGAUUUUCACGGAAUUCCGAAUUUUCAAGUUUUCAUGAAAAUUCCUCAGGAAAAUUGAGGAAAAAUUGCCUAAAAUUAAUCCGGAUAUGAGUUGACAACAUUGAAUGAACAUGCGUUUGCGUUCGUUGUUCUACUUUCACGAGCGUAGCCAUGUUGAGGCACUAACACGAGUAACAGUAAUGCCCCUCCCCUCGCAUUCUCUCAAGACGUCGCUUGUUUUGUGUUUUCUUGACACUAAUUUACGUGUUUAUUUUAUAAAUGUUAACGAAACAAGCCUGUUCCCAAAUAACCGGUAUUGACCCGGAACCAGGAAAUGCAACUUAACCGUCCUGAGCAUGU